AUGGAGCGGCAGUCCUACAAAGCCUGCCUCAUGUCGGUGAACUCAGUUUCCUGGUCCUCCCCCUUCUCCAGAGCAGAGAGUGAUGUGAAGACUUCAACACAGAGAGCCACUGACAUCAGUUUUCCUCCCGGCCUACUGGCUAAGGAACGCUACAGCUACGGCCAGCCUGUCUGCGCGGGUCUCGGGCUCUCCUGCAUUAAAUCGAGUUGGCAAUCCAUAUUUGCAAAACGCUUUGUCAUCGUGGAGUGGAAGAUCCCGGGAUCCCUUUGGUACGGCAGAGGGUCUGGGAGGUGGAGGGCUGUCACGGUCACCCAUCCCUCACCUUUGUUGACACGGCUAGAUGCCAGGAUCCCAGAGCAGAGCGAUCAGAAGACAGGGUUGGCCCUGGGAAGCCAGGAGCUGAGAUCCGGGCGAUGGGUGAUGCGUGGAGGACUCAUAUGA